GACAUUAAUUUGGGUAUGAAGAAUAACAAUUUACUUAAUUUUCUUACUGUAUGUAUAUUUUUAAGAUGUUCUCAUUCCGGAGGGGAGGACCGCCUAGAAACUCCUUCUGCUAAAAAGUUAACCGAUGUAGGAAUUAGAAGAAUCUUCUCUUCAGAGCAUGACAUUUUCCGGGAAAGUGUAAGGAAGUUUUUUCAAGAAGAAGUGAUCCCUCAUCACACAGAAUGGGAGAAAGCUGGAGAAGUGAGCAGGGAGCUUUGGGAAAAAGCUGGAAAACAAGGACUGCUGGGCAUCAAUAUUGCAGAGCGUCAUGGUGGCAUUGGGGGGGACUUGUACUCGUCAGCUAUUGUUUGGGAGGAGCAGGCAUAUUCGAAUUGCACAGGCCCAGGUUUUAGUCUUCAUUCGGAUAUUGUCAUGCCCUAUAUUGCGAACUAUGGCUCAGAAGAACAGAUUAAGCACUUUAUCCCCCAGAUGACUGCAGGGAAGUGUAUUGGUGCCAUAGCAAUGACAGAGCCUGGAGCAGGAAGUGAUUUGCAGGGAAUAAGAACAAAUGCCAAAAAGGAUGGAAGUGACUGGAUUCUCAAUGGAAGCAAGGUGUUCAUCACAAAUGGGUGGCUGAGUGACUUGGUGAUCGUAGUGGCAGUCACAAAUCGUGAAGCUCGCUCCCCUGCCCAUGGCAUUAGCCUCUUUCUGGUGGAAAAUGGAAUGAAAGGAUUUAUCAAGGGACAAAAGCUCCAAAAAAUGGGACUCAAAGCCCAGGAUACUGCAGAAUUAUUCUUUGAAGAUGUACGGUUGCCAGCGAGUGCCCUACUUGGAGAAGAGAAUAAAGGAUUCUAUUACCUCAUGCAAGAGCUUCCACAGGAAAGGCUGUUGAUUGCUGAGUUGGCAGUUUCAGCCAGUGAAUUCAUGUUUGAAGAAACCAGGAACUACGUUAAACAAAGAAAAGCUUUUGGGAAAACAGUUGCACAUAUACAGACGGUGCAGCAUAAGCUAGCAGAAUUAAAAACACACAUUUGUGUAACGAGAGCUUUUGUGGACAGCUGUCUCCAGCUGCAUGAAACGAAACGUCUGGACUCUGCCACUGCUUCCAUGGCGAAAUAUUGGGCAUCCGAGUUACAAAACAGUGUAGCUUAUGACUGUGUGCAGCUGCAUGGAGGUUGGGGAUACAUGUGGGCGUUCCCAAUUGCAAAAGCUUAUGUGGAUGCCCGAGUUCAGCCAAUCUAUGGUGGUACCAAUGAAAUAAUGAAGGAGCUGAUUGCAAGAGAGAUCGUCUUUGACAAGUAGACAUCUGCCCGCAUCCUGGAAUCCUAUUACAACUAAUCUGGUUUUAAAUCUACUCAAGAUAAAAUACAACUUGGAAAGGGAGGGAACACUAAACAUGUUUUGAUAUGCUCUAUAGAGAAAGAACUCAAAUGAAAAUAUACGAUUAACACAGUGGGAGGAGAAUUCAAAGAUUCUAAAAUUUUCCAAUAUAAAGUUUAACUUUGAAUUUUUUUUGUAUAGCUAAAAGGCAAAGAUUUUUCUAAUUCUGAAAACCUUAGUGUUUCAUUUAUCCCUAAAAUUUUGAAGAGUAUAUUUGCCUAGAUCUUUGAAAUUGAGGGAGACAUAAUUUUGUUAUUAUACUAUAAAACAAUAAUAUUCACAGCAUGUUGACUUUGAAAGGGAAACAUAAAUGUAAUUUACAAUGCAAAAUAAAUUUAGCUAUCUUUCGUUCCAAAUUCCCCAGAACGCCGGUUUCUACCACACUACCCUAAGCCUCUUUUUAAACAAUGGAACACUUUCUUCAAACCAAAGCUUAUGCAGAGUCCUUGUGAAAUCCUCAUGUAUGAAGAGCUGCUCUGGUUGAACAGGAAGCCUUCCUACCUUACAGCCUUGGAACCACUGAGACUCAGCUAAGCAUUUGCUUAAUCCUGACUAGAGAAUGCUGUUGGUUCUCUCAACCACUGACACCUGGCCUUUCAACAGAUUUCCAUCCCAGUUUAAUUUCUAGGAGAACACAUAGUAACCCAUCAUCUUUUGGUUUAGUUUAGUUUGUAUUUUAUAGGUAUCAAAACAGUGACUUUUACUUUGGAGAAGAGUAAAUUUUUAAAUUAAUUUAACAAAUUUAUAGUUUAUGUCUUCUAUAAACCAGGCUGUUAAAAAUAUGAUGGGAAAUAUGAUUUAAAAACUGGUAAGAUCCCUGCUAGUAAGUGAAGAAACAAAUUGUAAGAAGGUAAGAAGUAAAUAAAAUAAUUUCAAAUCAUGACAAGGGCAAUAAAAAAAAGUAAGCAUUUAAAAUAAGAAAGUGAGGAAAUGAUAUUUGACUUGCAACUUUCCAGUAAUUAUCAUCCAUCCAAAAAACCACUGAUUUGUAAACUACUAGCAUCAUUUUAGUACUUGUUUUUCUUUGCAUAUAUUGGUGAGACGGUGAAUGAAAUAGUUUUUAAAUGGAAAUAAAUAGAUGUAUUCUUGUUCAACUUAGAAAACCUAAAAAUUUUAUUAGUGUUGUGUGUAUGAAACAUUGUUUUUAAAUGCAAUCAUUACAACUGGGUAGAGCAGAGAGAAGAGAAAUUAUUUUUAUACCAUUCUAUUGUGGCCUUACUUACCUACCUUUGAUUUGCUCUUGGAUAGAAGUUUGUAUGAUUGCCAACUUGAGUUCUUGCUCAUUUAAUACCGUGCAAACAGGUUGAAAUAAAUUCUUAUUAGAUAUUA